AUGGUAGAUGAAGAAGAAGUUGAUGAGGAAGUAGUUGAGGACGACGUUGAAUUGGUUGUAGUUGAUGUAGAGGAGGAUGAGGCUGAUCUCAGCGUACUAGAUGUACUGGACGUAGAAGCAACAGAUCGAGCUGUGAAAUCUGGCACUUCAGAAGCGGAAUUCGAAGUGGAACUUAUAGACCGGGAAGUAAUAGACGACGCUGAUGAAAGUUCCUCAGCCUGA